CCUGAAACACUCAAAGUAGGUGUGUUGUACUGCGCAGGCGCCAACGCACUAGGUUUUUUUGCGUUGUGUUUACAGCCCUAAAUGCUGUUGCAGAUGUAGCUAGCUUCCCAGCUAGCGCAAUGUUAUGGUAACCGUCUUUGGAAUAACACACAAUUGUCGAAACAGGUGAUUUUACUCAUUUCCCCCUCCAUUCAUGAGCCUGGCUUGGUUUAGCUGUCAUGGAGGACAAGGCCUCGGUGGGGAAAAUUAGCGUGUCGUCCGACUCCGUGUUCACCCUGAACAGUGAGGACUUUGUGCUGGUGUCGCGGCUGGACGACACCCCAGGCUCCUCCACUAAUAACGGUAGCGAUGACGAAAAGACCGGACUGAAGGUGAUUUCUGAGGAAGGGGUCAGCUUUAAGAUUGUGGGGAACGGCAGUGAGCAGCAGUUGCAGAAGGAGCUGGAGGAUGUUCUGAUGGACCCCUCUGUGGCUGAGCAGGCGCUGGGUGGUGGCGUCCCCAGUGGUGGCAGUGUGGACCAGGCAGGCGGGGUAGACCAUGUUUUGUCCCCCACCAUGGCAGCACCACCCGAGCCCCAACCGUGCCCUGACCUCCUCGGCACCCCGCCCAAAGUUGAGAUGGUGCUACCCGUCCAAUCUGCAGCGCAGGAGAGUGAGCUGAAUGAACGAUCUUACCGCGGGGAUGAGUCGUCAUCGGAGUGCAGCCCCAGUACGCCCAUCCCAGACGAGGACAGUGUGGUCUUCAAUAAGCUGACCUACCUGGGCUGUGCCUCGGUCAACGCUCCCCGCAGUGAGGUGGAAGCGCUCCGUAUGAUGACCAUACUCAGAGGGCAGUGCCAGCUACCCCUGGACGUCACCCUGUCUGUGCCUGGAGUCUCAGAGGGCACCGUCAGGUUGCUGGACCCCCAGACAAGCACAGAGAUAGCCAGCUACCCCAUCUACAAGAUCCUGUUCUGUGUGCGGGGUCACGACAGCACGCCAGAGAGUGACUGCUUCGCCUUCACGGAGAGUCAUUACAACGCAGAGAUCUUCCGCAUCCAUGUCUUCCGUUGUGAGAUCCAAGAGGCGGUCAGCAGGAUACUGUACAGCUUCGCCACGGCCUUUAGGCGGUCCACCAAGAAGACGCUCCUCUCGGGCUUGGCUCCACCCCUGACUCCAGACAGCGACGUCUUCACCUUCACCGUCAGCCUGGAGAUCAAGGAGGAUGAUGGCAAAGGGACCUUUAGUGCUGUGGCGAAAGACAAAGACAAGAACAGCUUCAAGCUGCGUCCGGGAAUGGACAAGAAGAUCGUCAUCUACGUUCAACAGACGUCUAAUAAGGAGCUGGCCAUAGAGAGGUGCUUCGGCCUCCUGCUGAGUCCAGGAAAGAACGUGAAGAACAGUGACAUGCACCUGCUUGACCUGGAGUCGAUGGGGAAGUCCUCUGAUGGGAAGUCCUACAUCAUCACAGGGAGCUGGAAUCCCAACACACCUCAGUUCCAGGCUGUUAACGAGGAGACACCCAAAGAUAAGUUCAUGUACAUGACGACGGCGGUGGACCUGGUGAUCACCGAGGUGGAGGAGCCGGUUCGUUUCCUUCUGGAGACCAGGGUCAGAGUCUGCUCUCCCAACGAGAGGCUAUUCUGGCCCUUCAGCAAACGCAACUACACCGAGACCUACUACCUGAAACUCAGACAGAUGGAGCGUAAGAGUAACAACGAUACCCUGUACGAGGUGCUGAGCCUGGAGAGUGAGUCAGAGAGGGAGAGGAAGAAAACCACAGCCAGCCCCAACAUCCUGCAGUCUUCCUCCCACGGCUCCAUGGUGCCAUCGCCUCCCGAGGAUGAUGAGGAGGAAGACAAUGACGAGCCGUUGCUGAGUGGCUCGGGAGACGUGUCAAAGGAGUGUGCUGAGAAGAUCCUGGAGACCUGGGGAGACCUGCUGUCCAAAUGGCACCUGAACUUGUCGGUGCGUCCCAAGCAGCUCCCGGCGUUGGUACGUAGUGGCGUACCAGAGGCCCUCAGGGGAGAGGUAUGGCAGCUCCUGGCCGGUUGCCAUAACAAUGACCACCAGGUAGAGGAGUACCGCACCCUCAUCACCAAGGAGUCUCCCCAGGACAGUGCCAUCACCAGAGACAUCAACAGGACUUUCCCAGCUCACGACUAUUUCAAGGACACUGGAGGAGACGGCCAAGACUCACUCUACAAGAUCUGCAAGGCCUACUCAGUGUAUGAUGAGGAGAUUGGCUACUGCCAGGGGCAGUCUUUCCUGGCUGCGGUGUUGCUGCUGCACAUGCCUGAGGAGCAGGCCUUUAGUGUCCUGGUCAAGAUCAUGUUUGACUAUGGACUCAGGGAGCUCUUCAAGCAGAACUUUGAGGAUCUACACUGCAAGUUCUUCCAGCUGGAGCGACUCAUGCAGGAGUACAUCCCAGACUUGUAUAACCACUUCCUGAACGUGGGUCUGGAGGCUCAUAUGUACGCCUCUCAGUGGUUCCUCACGCUCUUCACAGCCAAGUUCCCCCUCUACAUGGUGUUCCACAUCAUAGACCUGCUUCUCUGUGAGGGCAUCAGUGUGAUCUUCAAUGUGGCUCUGGCUCUCCUGAAGACCUCGCGAGAGGACCUGCUGGCGACUGACUUUGAGGGGGCGCUCAAGUUCUUCCGAGUCCCGGUUCCCAAACGCUACCGCUCAGAGGAGAACGCUAAGAAACUUAUGGAACUGGCCUGCAGCAUGAAGAUCAGUCAGAAGAAGCUGAAGAAGUACGAGAAGGAGUACCACGCCAUGAGAGAGCAGCAGGAACAGCAGGAAGCUCCCAUUGAGAGAUACGAGAGGGAGAACCGUCGUCUCCAGGAGGCUAACAUGCGUCUGGAGCAGGAGAAUGAUGACCUGGCCCAUGAACUGGUCAGCAGCAAGAUCGCCCUGCGCAAGGACCUGGACAACGCUGAGGAGAAAGCAGACGCUCUGAACAAGGAGCUGUUGAUGACCAAACAGAAGCUGGUGGAUUCGGAGGACGAGAAGAGGCGGUUAGAGGAGGAGUCUGCGCAGCUGAAAGAGAUGUGUAGACGGGAGCUGGACAAAUCAGAGUCUGAGAUAAAGAAGAACGGUUCCAUCAUAGGAGAGUACAAACAGAUCUGCUCCCAGCUCAGUGAGCGUCUGGAGAAACAGCAGGCAGCCAACAAGGGAGAGCUGGAGAAGAUCCAGCUGAAAGUCGAAGGCUGUGAAAAGUGCUCCAUCCUGUUCAGCAAGGAGGGUCGUCUGAAGGCAGCGAGGAAGCUGAAGGAGGGCAGUGAGGAGGAGACGGACGAGGAGAAGGAGGCUCUGAAGAACCAGCUCCGAGAGAUGGAGCUGGAACUGGCCCAGACCAAACUACAGCUGGUGGAGGCAGAGUGCAAGAUACAGGACUUGGAGCACACCCUGGGUCUGGCUCUCAACGAGGUCCAGGCUGCUAAGAAGACCUGGUUCAACAGAACCUUAACCUCCAUCAAGACCGCGACGGGAGCACAGGGCAAGGAGACCACCUAACUUGAGACACUCCUUCUCGACCAUAGACUGUCUCCUUCUCCCCACCUUGCUCCCAAACCUCCCCCUCCCGCCCUCCCCCUCCUUCUCCUAGUCAGAGGUACCACCCACUCACUGGACUGGAGCAAACCAAACCUCACCGUGACACGACGGGGGUUUUAAAAAAAGGACUAAGCUCAAAGGUACCACUGCCCCAAACGAAACAACGUACUUAAUUAAAAAAGAAAGAGAGGUUUCAACGUUAGUCUUUAUACUACUGAUAUUUAACAGGUAAGGAAGGAGCUUUCUAGAGAGCUACCUGAACUGCCCUUCCAGACCUGGGAAAUACAAUCUAUUUGCUUGCACAAACAACUCCAACUGUAAUCUAAGUACUACGAGUGCUAACCGACAGCCUCUUGCUUUUUCUCGUUUCCGUUCUACGAUACCUUUCUUUUCUAUAUGUGUAUGAUUAUGAACACGCUCAUGUAUAGACGUGUGUCUGUGAAGACUGAGCACACCAGAGUGUAUGUAUGCGUGUGUUAGUGUGUGUGAAUAUUUAGCCGAAUGUGUGUGUGUGUGUGUGUGUGUGUGUGUGCAUGUUUGUGUGACUGACGAUGGUUCUGAGUGUGUGGCGGUGAACCUGUGAAGCUCGGAGUGCGAGUUUAGUGUAUGAAAAGUGGGUGCUUUAUAGUGUGCGGAGGUUGGCGCUAUAUGAGGAGGAAGAGGAUCUUAUUGACGAAGCCUUGAUGCGAAGGGUUAAGGUGAACAUAAUGUACAGCAUAACAGUAGAUAUAUUAGCAACAGCCUGGGGUCUGUCCGGCCGGUUGUGCAGUAGCAGACGGAGGCCACUAGUGGACGAUGUCCUGGUGGUCCUGACGCAGUCCUCACAAUGCGCUUUCUGGGCCGGGACAGGCUGGGCUCAAAGCAUGGGGGCUCCGAGGCUGGAGCUGCAGAUAUAGAGAUUUGUGGCCCUCCCUUGGCUCAGAUCCCACCCCACACACUCUUCCCCCCCCCCAGACCUAGUCAGUGACCCCACUCUCCCAACAUAGACGUAAACACACACAGACGUUACAGGCACCUACCUAUGUACACUCUGACUCCACCCUCCCAAUGUAGACAUAGACAUAUACACAUCACAGCCAGCCACCUACCACCUACACUUCUGAAAAGGAGAGAAAUGGUGAUAUGCCACACGCAUGUCAUCUGGUCAUCAGUCACAGGCUGUGUGCUUAUGUGUGCACUCUUAUGUGGGAGACAGAGACAGAGGGUCAGACAGAGACAUAACUAUUGGGGCUCAUCAAAGUUCAGAGGUCGUUGGAGGUCAAGCUGGCAUUCUCCCUAAAGGAGUCUGGGGCACGUUGCGGGAUGUCAUGAACAGAGCUGACAUGAUUCCUUGUUUUACAUGUUUGCUCGACAUAUUAUAUAUUUCUGAACGCUCCCUGGUUAGAGCUCUGUGUCCAUAUUAGGGAAGGUCCUCUCUCUACUGACAGUCCGUGUGUGGGUUUGUGGUGGGAGGAGCGGUCUUUGCACCUUAAUAUUCAUAUUUAUAACGUAUGGGAUCCGGCUAAGCUUGCUUAAGUCUGUGUUGAUGUCAGUGGAAGAAGUAAAGCCUGUGCAAUGUGCUGAGAACAGAGGCUGUUCCGUAAGGCACUGGGUUGUACAUAAAAAGCAUUCUGAUGAUGAGUUUUUGUCUAUUCUUUUGUAUUUCUACUCUCCGCUGUACACUGUACUAAUUAAUAAUGUUGCCUAAAAUAAUUAAGAACUGUGUUACAGAUUAAUGAUGAUCAUAAUGUAUGUUUUUUUGCUCAAAGCUUCCUUUGCUUUAAAUGUCAGGCAAAACCUCUGUCUCAUCCAUAACAUGCCAAAAUGUACCUUCUUUCAUCCAACAUUACUGAACGUGUGGAACAUUGUACUAGUGUAGGUUGCGUUACUCUGCAUUUCAAUAUAAAGCUAUGAACACAG